GUUGUUAAGAUGAAUGAUUUUAGAAUGAAAGAGCUGGUAAUUUUGAAAAGUGUAGUAAAGAGAGAAACAAAAGCAGUUGUGAGCUGAGAUCUGUUGACUCUCCUUGUUUUCAACACUCUUUUUCCAUUUCCAUAACUUAACAUUCUUCUUUCAUUAUUAAUCCACACUCUACGGAAUUUAUCACUCAACCACCGGAACACUUACUUUUCCGGUCACCGGAUUCCACCGUCAAUUCUCUCAAUUUCAGGAUCGGUUACAUGUGUAACUGACUCGGUGUUACUAAUCCAAAAUGUUCAAAUGGAGGAGCGACAAAAACAGAGUCAAAACUGUUUUCAAACUCCACUUCCAUGUCACUCAGGUGCUACAAUCUGGGGUGGAUUCUUUGGCUCUUUCUAUAGUUCCUGGUGAUAUUGGAAAACCAACAACAAGAUUGGAGAAAGCUACAGUGAAUGGUGGAAUUUGUAAAUGGGAAAACCCUGUCUAUGAAACUGUUAAAUUUAUUCAGGACCCUAAGAAUGGGAAGUUCAGUGAUAAAAUUUAUUAUUUUGUGCUUUCAAUGGGAUUAUCAAAAGCUAGCAGCAUCUUUGGAGAAGUUUCCAUUGACUUUUCUGAUUAUGCAGAAGCUACAAAGCUCUCUUCUAUUUCUCUUCCUGUUAAGAAUUCACAUUCGGAUGCUGUCUUACAUGUAUCAAUUCAGAGACUACAAGAAAAUAAUGAUAAAAGAGAGGAAGAGGAAUGUGAAGAUACCAAGCUAAAAACUAAUGAUAGGAGCUUAAGGACCUAUUUAAGCAAUGGAAAUGCAGAUGGAUGCACUAAAAGUGAUUCUUCUGAAGAUGUGUCUGCCAAUGUAAACACAGAUAGAGCUGGAUUGAGUGCUGAUUGUAGGACAUCUAGUGGAUCUGACAUUACAUUGUCAAGUUCGGAUGGAAGUUUUGGACCCGAUACUCCCCGAGAACUUGGACUAAGAAAUACUAUCAUCUGCACCACCACGAAUGAUUUUCCUUCAGUCGCCAUCCACACUUCAGAGCCUCAAAAGCCUGCUGUAAAUGCCUCGGCAUCGAUGUACGAUGUACAACAGAGAUCAUCACAAUGGGACUGCUCAGCUGGUUCAGAACAUGGUCUGAGUACGGACGGUUCAACACAUGGCUCUCAGGAUUCCCUUCCUAGGGAAAAAUCUCAUCAGGCAUUAGGUAUAGAGAAUGAAAAGCUCAAGGCUGAACUUGCUGCUUUGGCCAGACAGGUGGAUGUGUCAGACAUGGAACUUCAGACUCUUCGGAAGCAAAUCGUGAAGGAAAGCAAAAGAGGGCAGGAGCUUGCAAAGGAAGUCACUAGCUUGAAAGAUGAAAGAGAUACACUCAAGAAAGAAUGUGAAAAUCUCAGGUCUUUUCGCAGUAGAAUGGACAAGGCCAAAGUGAGUAGCAGGUCACAGUUGGAUAGUGGGGAUCUUCAUACUCUUGUUGAAGAAAUCAGACAAGAAUUGAGUUACGAGAAGGACUUGAAUGCAAAUCUUAGACUACAGUUAAAGAAGACACAGGAAUCGAAUGCUGAACUAGUUCUCGCUGUUCAGGACCUCGAUGCAAUGUUGGAGCAGAAAAAUAGGGAAACACAUGGUGUUUCCAAUAAUUUCAAACAGACUAAUAAAAACUCUCGUGAGUUAGGGAGAAGCCUCUCUAGUUGUGAAACAGACGAUGAUGAAGAACAAAAAGAAUUGGAUGAGCUUGUUAAGGAGCAAAGCAGUCCCAAGGAGACACACUUACUUGAGCAAAAAAUUAUGGAUCUCUAUGGUGAAAUAGAGAUGUAUAGGAGAGACAAAGACGAGUUAGAGAUGCAGAUGGAGCAGCUUGCUCUGGACUAUGAGAUUUUGAAACAGGAAAACCAUGACAUCGCAUAUAAGCUUGAACAGAGUGAAUUGCAAGAACAGUUAAAAAUGCAGUAUGAGUGCUCUUCUCCUCCUCCUGCCAUAGAUGACUUCGAAACACAUAUUCAGAGUCUCGAAAAUCAACUCAAAAAACAGUCAGAAGAAUUCUCAAAUUCUCUUGCAACCAUCGAGUCUCUGGAGAACCAAAUCAGAAAAUUAGAGGAGGAACUGGAGAAACAAGCCCAAGGAUUUGAAGUUGACUUAGAUGCAGUGACACAUGACAAAGUUCAGNNNGAGCAAAGAGCCAUUCGUGCAGAGGAAGCUUUGCGGAACACCAGACAUAAAAAUGCUAAUACCGCUGAGAGGCUUCAAGAAGAGUUUAAAAUGCUAUCAAUGCAAAUGGCCAUGACAUUCGAUGCAAAUGAAAGGGCAACCAUGAGAGCGAUGACAGAAGCAAGUGAACUUCGUGCGCAAAAAAGACUACUGGAGGAAAUGCUGCGUAAAGUCAAAGAAGAGCUUCAGUCAGUCAAAGCUGAUUAUGAGGUAAAACUGAAUGAACAUUCCAACAAAGUAGAUAAUAUGACAGUUCAGAUGAAACAGAUGUUGAUGGAAAUGGACAACCAGGAGCAAGUUGGCAAGGAUUUCUCCGAGGAGAACCAGUUGCUAAAAGCUGAGAAUGAAAAGCUUACUGUGGAGAUCUCAUGCUUAUCUGAGCAAGUAAAAGAAAAAGAAACCUUAAGAUUUGACUUGGAACUUGUGAAGAAAUCACUUGAGGAAUCUGAGAACCUGUUACAAAGUGUAAAGGAAGAAAGAAAUGAGCUUGUGAGUACAAUUGCUUUGUUGAAAAAGGAAGCAGAACGGUCACUUGAUGAGCUAAAUAGGAUGAUGCAUCUCAAGGAUGAAGAAGAGAAAGUGAGUAAACACUUGCAUUCAGAGUUAGAAGCACUUGAGGCUCAAUAUAGUGACCUGAAACGUUCUCUUAUUGAUGAUGAGACUGAGAAAGAAAAACUAAGAAAGCAAAUUUUCCUUCUUAAUGGCGAACUGAAGAAGAAGGACGAUGCAUUAACCAACUCCGAGAAGAGGUACAAGGAUAUUAAUGGAUGCACACAGAAUUCCAAUGAAAUGACAAAUCAAAGAGAGGAAAUAAAAAUGCUCGAGGACCAGAUAAAGUCAAAGGAGACUGCCUUGGAAACAUUAGCUUCUUCAUUUUUGGAGAAGCAAAGGGAAUUUCAAAACAAAAUUGAGAAACUGGAGGACAAAGUGGAGGUACUCAACCAGAGCAUUGUUUUGCAAAAGGCUGUUGCAGAUAAGAGUUUUACUACUACAAGUGACAGAUCUGGAGAAGUCAGAAGUACAGUUGAGCAUCUCAACAAUACGACAUGUGUCUCGGAAGAAAAUGGGGUUGUCUUAUCAUCAUUCAAGAGUCAUGCACAUUUGUCAGAGAAAGAAGCAGAAAUACCCGUAAUUGAUAAUAAUGGCGAUGACAGUGUCGGCGGUGUUUUAACUGAAUUAUCAUCAAUGAACGAAAGAAACAAAUCAAUGGAAACCGAACUGAAAGAGUUGCAAGAAAGAUACUCAGAAAUGAGUCUCAAAUUUGCAGAGGUAGAAGGUGAAAGACAAAAGCUUGUUAUGACAGUAAGAAGCCUCAAGAAUGCUAGGAGGGGCUAAAAAUUUCUUCCUGCUAUCUCGGGGCCUGCAUUGUAUAGUUGCAACACUGAAACACUUUCAAAUGAAUAAUUUAAUGUGUGCCAAGAUAUAUAUACCUCUUAUUCCUUUUUUUCCACCCUUUUCUCCCUCCUAAGUCUUUUGUAAGGGUACCAUUUUAUAGAGUUUUCCUGGCAGUUUGGCAGAGUUUGUGAUUUUAAGUAUUUUUAGUUAUCGAUAGUGUUCUCUUCUCUCUCACUAUUAUGUUCCAGUAAGAUCUGGUGAUAAUCUGUUUAUUUUUUUUGCGGUUAUAUAAUAUUCUUUUAUUGUACCCUUUAAAUGAUAUUAUAGUAUAAAUGAGAAUAUUACUUUUAUUAAA